CUUGGGGACUUAAAAGACCUUUCAAGAUUUGCCGUGGGAUAGAGUGGGGGAGGUGAAAGAAGUCGGGGGAGUCCCUCUGAAAGCACCACCCACCGCGCCCGACCCCCACUGCGCUGCGGAGCGCGCCUUGGAAAGGCCCCCGGGGCGCGCACGAGCCUCCGUUUGGUUUUCCCUGCUCGGGACACACGGGCGCGCGCGCAGGAUGAGACUAAAGUAGGAGAGGGAGGGAGAGAGGCGAGGGCGCGCUCCAGGCUUCCUGUUGUGGUUGUAGAGGGAGCCGGCUGGAGUAAGAGGGAGCGAGCCGGGUGGAGCCGCGAGGGUGUGUGGGUGGGUGGGAGGGGGAGGAGGGGGCGGGGGCGGAGCCCGGGGGGAGCAGCGCCCCCAGCUGUGCUGCGUGCAGGCACCGCCCCCGCGAGCCGCAGUCACAGCUGUCGGGUCUGGGGCUUGGCCGCCGUCGCUGCCGUUACCGUUGCCUGAGGGCCCGAGGACAGGAGUCGAGGCGUCCGGGAAAGCGGCGGUCGCGCAGACGCCGGACUCGCGGCGAGGCGGCGGGGGAACAGUGGAAGGAGGCUGGGGGCGGGCCUGUCCUGGCCUUGAGAGCCCGGGGAGUGCGGAGCGAAAGCCGAGGCGGCGGCGGCGGCGGCGGCGGCGGCGUGUCCCUGCUCCGGCUUUGCCUCCCUUCCCCCCUCGCUUGUUCGAGCCGGCGCCGGGAGCCCCGGAGCCCGAGCUCCGGAGGAGGCGGCGGAGCGGCCGCGCCGCCCACGGGAGGAUGGAGAAGUAGCGGCGCCGGCUCCGCUGCCCGCCAGCCCGCGGGUAACAUUUGGAAACUUGUGGCAUUUCCUCAUUCAAAUUUAUUUGACUGAUGUGUGUUGAAAAUGGAGGUUUAUUUUUAUUUGAGACUGUUAUUAAAAAGAGGGGAAAAUAAAAGAAUGAGAAAUAGUUCAAAGUUCCAAUGGCUAUCAUCAGUUAUUUUUUUAUAUUUGGUGAACCAAGCACAUGGCCAGAAAAGAGGUGUUCCCCAUGAUUUAAAGUGUAUAACCCAUAACUUAAAGAUAUGGGACUGUUCCUGGGAAGCCUCCUAUAGAAUAAACCAUGGUACUACUUAUGAAGUUUGUAUUGUAAACAGUUCUUAUUCCUGUAUUCAAACAGAGAAAACACAUUUUGAGAUUCCAGCUCUUUCACUUGCCGAUCAUGAAAUAAAAAUAAGUUCCACACAUGUUUCUGGGAACUCUGUGACUAAAUUUAUCCUAAGUGAAAGAAAUGUUUCCUUAGUUCCAGCCACAUUACAGAUUUUAAAUUUGACAGCUGAUUUUUCAACAUCUACAUUGUACCUAAAGUGGAAUGACAAUGGCUCUGCUUUUCCACAUCACUCAAAUGUCAUCUGGGAAAUUAUUGUCCUAUAUAAAGAAGACAUGGAAGUUGCAACAGUAGCAACAUUUAACACAACUCUGAUGGGUAAGGAUUCAGUCCAUCACUGGAACUGGACCUCAGAUAUCCCUUUGGAAUGUACAGCACACCAUGUAAAAAUCAGAUAUUACAUUGAUGAACUUCAUUUUUUUGGUCAAAAAGAGUGGAGUGAAUGGAUUCCACUUAGGAUUUCAGGGUCUCCCAUAAAAGAAAGUUAUGAGGUUUUUCCUCGAGACAAAGUGGUACCAGUAGGUUCAAAUAUGAUGUUUUGCUGUGUUGUUGAGGAAACUGUGUUAACUGCACAAUAUGGAAGUGAAAAAUGUUCCCUUAUCCCCCUUGAUAAUAAAAGUGUUGGAAUCAAGAUCAACAAUAUUACCAUUUCUCCAAGUAGUGGAACAAAUGUGGUUUUUACAACAAGGUCAAACCUGUAUGGAACAGUUGUAUUUGCAGGAUAUCCACCUGAUAUCCCCAAAAAGCUGAACUGUGAAACACGUGAUUUGAAAGAAAUUAUAUGUAGUUGGAAUCCAGGAAGACCAACUGGAUUGGUUGGCCCUCGUGAUACAAAUUAUAUAUUAUAUGAAAGGUUUUCUGGAAGAAAUGUUACAUAUAAGAGAGAUGAAGAACACAUGAAUGAAAACCAUCAAUUAAUCUUUCAAAUGAUAUCUGGUCAGGAAAGAUAUAAUUUUACCUUGAAAGCUAGUAAUCCUUUGGGUGGAUCUGAAGCAGUAAUUUUGGUUGACAUAACUCAAAGAGUUUAUCCUCAUACUCCUUCAAAACUCAAUGUGAAAGGCAUUAAUUCAACUGCCAUUUUUCUUGAAUGGCACUUAUCUGGCAACUUUGCAAACAUUAAUCUUUUUUGUGAAAUUGAAAUUAAUUCAGCUUAUUCAGGGCAAGAAUUGCGGAAUAUCACUGUUAAAGGAUUAGAAACUUCUAGUUAUCAUGUUUCUGUGGAUAAAUUGAUACCAUAUACUAUGUAUACUUUCCGGGUUCGUUGUUCUUCAGAGAAGUUUUGGAAAUGGAGCAAAUGGAGUAAUGAAAAACAAUACUUGACCAUGGAAGGAAUUCCUUCAAAGGGACCAGAUAUCUGGAGAGAGUGGAGUGCUGAUGGGAAAAGUGUAAUAAUAUACUGGAAGCCCUUGCCUUUUAAUGAAGCUAAUGGAAAAAUACUUUCCUAUGAUGUAUCAUAUGGGUUAGAAGAAGAAACACAGUAUCUUUCUGAGAUCCCUGAUCCCCAUCAUAAAGCAGAAAUAAAACUUGACAGAAAUGAUUACAAUGAUUACAUCAUUAGUGUUGUAGCCAAAAAUUCAGUUGGAUCAUCUCCACCUUCUAAGAUAACAAGUUUGGAAAUUCCAAAUGAAGACCUCAAAAUGGAACAGGUUGUUGGAAUAGGAAAUGGCAUAUUAUUUCACUGGAAUUAUGAUCUCAACAUGACUUGUGACUAUGUUAUAAAAUGGUGUAACUCAACUCGAUCUGAACCCUGUCUCAUUGACUGGAAAAAAUUCCCUGCAAAUAGUACCGGAGCUCUCAUAGAAUAUGAUAAUUUUCAAUCUGGAACACGCUAUAAUUUUUUCCUCUAUGGCUGCAAAAAUCAGAAAUAUCAAUUAUUACGUUCAAUUGUUGGAUAUACAGAAGAGUUGGCUCCAAAUGUUGCACCAAAUUUUACUGUGGAAGAUACGUCUGCAGAUUCAAUAUUAGUAAAAUGGGAAGACAUUCCUGUAGAAGACCUUAGAGGAUUUUUAAGAGGAUAUUUAUUUUACUUUGAAAAAGGAGAGAAAGGCACUUCUAAAAUUCAAGGUUUGGAAUCAGAAACAAGGCGUUCUGAUGUAAAAGUUAAGAAUAUUACUGACAUAACACAGAAGACGUUGAGAAUUGUUGAUCUUCAAGGAAAAACAGGUUACCAUCUGCUCUUGCAAGCUUACACAGAUGGUGGAGUGGGUCCAGGAAAGGCCAUGUAUGUGGUUACAAAGGAAAAUUCUGAGGGAUUAAUUAUUGCCAUUCUCAUCCCUGUGGCAGUGGCUAUCUUUGUUGGAGUGGUGACCAGUAUUCUUUGUUAUCGUAAAAGAGAAUGGAUUAAAGAAACCUUCUAUCCUGAUAUUCCAAAUCCAGAAAAUAGUAAAGCAUUGCAGUUUCAUAAAAGCGUCUGUGAGGGAAGCAGUGCUCUAAAAACACUGGAAAUGAAUCCUUGCACUCCUAAUAAUGUAGAAGUGGUGGAAACGAGAUCAGCAGCUCCUAAAAUAGAGGAGGAUACAGAAAUCAAAUCCCCGGUAGCUGUUGUUCCUGAAGAAGGGUCUGAUGCUGAGCCUGAAAAUCAUGUGGUUGUCUCCUACUGUCCACCAAUCAUUGAGGAGGAGAUAGCAAAUGCUGGAGGGGAGGAAGCUGGUGGCUCUUCACAAGUCAUUUAUAUUGAUAUUCAAUCAAUGUAUCAACCUCAGGCAAAACCAGAGGAAGAACUAGAAAACAACUCUGUUGGUGGAGCAGGCUAUAAGCCACAAAUGCAUUUGCCAGUUACUUCUACUGUAGAGAACAUAAUUGUAGCAGAUGACUUAGAAAAAACUGCAGGUUACAGACCUCAGGCAAAUGUAAAUGCCUGGAACUUAGACUCUCCAGACUCUCCUCGGUCUAUAGACAGCAACAGUGAAGUUGUGUCCUUUGGAAGCCCGUGUUCCAUUAAUUCUCGGCAGUUUUUGAUUCCUCCAAAGGAUGAAGAAUCUCCUAAAUCUUCCAAUGGAGGAUGGUCAUUUACAAAUUUUUUUCAAAACAAACCAAAUGAUUAGCAAUAGCGUCAUGGGUUGCAUCAGUCUGCCAUCUCAAUAAGCUCUGACUCCUGGGGUUGUAAUCACAGCAGCACUGGUUUCUAGGAGGCCUUCCAGUGGAGUAUUUUUAGUGAGAGGAAUUUUACCACAUGUAAGUUACACUGAAAGUGUUAAUAUUGUUUUACUGUAACCUAAAAGCCAAAGUAUAGCAACUGAGUAAUUCAAUUCAUGUGAUCCAAGAUACUGAGUUUGGACCUCUUUGUGAUUCCAGCCAAAGAAGCCUCACUUACUCUACCUUCAAGUAGCAUUUUCAAAUUAAUUAUUGCUUAAUACUUUAGAAAAGACCCAAACGGUUGUAUAUCCUUUCACUGAUUAUUUACACAUCACUGAAUCCCAAUGAGAAUGUUUGAAAUUGUAGGCAGGGGGAAAAAUGUACAGAUGUUCCAAUUAACUGAGAAGAUCACUUGACUGAAAUUUGUUCAAAUCCAGACAAAAACCAAGCACAGAUCAAUUCACAUAAGACCAUUUUUUCUCUGCAAUUAAUAUAGUUUUAAAAAACAUAACAGCAGCUACUUUAAUUUUGUUCAAUAACUAGAUCUCUAUGUCUGCUAUAUGUAAUGGUUAUCAAAUUGUUGACUCAGGGGCACAAACUUGGAAAAAGAGUAUAACACUGACUUAUGCCACAUUUCUGAAUAUGGCUUUAGAACAUUCUUUUCCCCACAAAUUUUUAACUCCUUCUUGUAACAAGGUGCCCUAAUGUAUAUGCUGAAUAGUUUAUAGUGCUAGGAUAUUGCAUAUAAACAAGCCCAGACUUUUGACAUUUAUUUUGUGAAAGUGCCAGUUUUAUAAAUGUGUGAACAAAGCACACACUUACAUAUAAUGCUUUAGCAUCGAUUGCACUAAUUUCCUAUUUAACAUUUCUUUUCAGCAAGAUCUAGCCAAACCAAUCACUACCACAGGUAGCAACAAUUGGCAUUAAUUUUCCAUGUAGAAAUAAUUCCAUGAAUUUUUCUCUUUAAGUAGUGAGCCAUGAAUUAAUUAUAUUUAAUAUGGUAGAGGAUCUAUUUCCCAAUUGUGGUCUAACAGUUACUUUUCUUAAACCAUCAGAACCACCUCCUUGGUAGAACACUUAUUGUUUUUGGUGAAAAUGUAAAGAUUGGUUUUUUUUUGCCUUAAAAUAAUCACUUAGCGAUUUUAUAGCAAAUGCCAUGAAAAAACUUCAAAUUCUAUUUGAUUUAGUUCUGUUAAGCAUAGAAGUAAAGAGUUGCUUUUAUCACCCAUAAAAGCUUGAGUGCCCUUAUAACAUAGGGAAUCAUUUAAACCUCCAAGUUGUUGUUGUUUUUUUUUCAGAAACAACUGUUAAUUCUGGAAAAUGACUCCAGAAAAAGUUUCAUGUCAAACUAAAAAUUACGAAGUGUUUUUUUUAAAAUCUGCCUUCAGGUCCUAUGUGUUUUUUUUUACUCUUUUUUUUAACCCUUACCUUCCGUCUUGGAGUCAAUACUAUGUAUUGGCUCCAAGGCAGAAGAGUAGUGGUAAGGGCUAGGCAAUGGGGUAAAGUGACUUGCCCCAGGGUCUUCCCAGCUGGGAAGUGUCUGAGGCCAGAUUUGAACCCAGGACCUCCCAUCUCUAGACCUGGCUCUCAAUCCACUGAGCUACUGAGCUGCCCCCUUUUUUUAAACUCUUAAUAGUUAUGGCAAGAACACUUAAAAUCAUAUGAAAACUGAAUAAGUCAAGUUAUUUUUUUUUUGUUUACUAUCAGAGAACCAUUCUGUUUGUAUACUUGGACCCUUGAAAGGGAGAAGACAAGUAGAAGCAAAUUUUAUUUAGAGAUCAUGUUUUAAAACCCGUAUUUUAACUGAUACAUUUCAGCUAAUCUUUAAGACACAAUAUGAGACUAGGGAAGAAAAUGCAGAGUAAGAUAUACUAAAUAUAUUUGUAGCAUGUUUAAACUUUGCUCAUAUGCAGUUUUCAAUCCCCAGGGCCAACCCUAAACAAAAUUGUAAAGUAGGUGAUAUUUAUCUUUUUUCGUAUCCUCUUUUUAGUGCUCUCUUCUUCUCUCUCUCUCUCUCCUUGCCCCUUUCCCUCUCUUCCUCUUCCUAUCUUUUCACUUGUGCCUUCCUCCCCAUUAAGCUUCUAAACUCUCUAUACCUCAUCAUCUUAAGUACUGCUCUCCCCAGCAAGUAUCCAGUGAUUCCCCAACUGUCUCUUGCUAUGAUUCCCACUUUCACAAAUAAUAGUCAAUGGAAAAGUCUUUUUUCUUCAGGGCCAAACUAUCAAUAUUCAAGAUGCCAAUCAACUAAUCUGAGCUAAUAGGGAGAAAAAUAUAUCCCCAAAUUUCUCUCUGUCUUUAAAGAAAUAGGCAUACAUUGUAACAGUGGUCACCUGAGGACAUUGCCCUCUAUUCCUCGUCCAAACCAAAGAAGUUAUACUAAAGUUGAAAAUUUUAGGCCAGGUAGGCAGUGAUGUGGUGCAGGAUGUUAAAUGAGUUUGGGGGCAGUCAAACUUUAAAUAGUUUAUUAGGUCACACUGGUGGAUAAUUCCUUACUACUUAUUUAUAAAGUCAAUUCAGAUAAGAAAAAUGUAACUAUAAUAGGUUUUAUACCCUUGUUAGUUGAAUAGUACCAUACUUUGAAACAUUUUUAAAGCAUUAGAACAUUUCUGGAAUUUUUGCUUAAAUUUUACAUUUUCAAACAAGCCUCCUUUGCACACCAGGGUCAAGUGACUUAUUAGGAAUAUUUAGCAUUUUCAUAAUGCUUCCAUGUUUGAAAAAUGCUUUAUAAAUAUUAUUUCAUUUGGUUCUCACAACAAUCCUGGGAGAAAGGUGCUGUUAUUAUCCUGAAUAUUUCUACAGUUGACAAAGCUGAGGCAAAGAGUAAGUGAUUUGUCCAGUGUCACAGAGUAUACUUUCAUGACUCCAAAUCCUACAACUUUUUGUACACUGCCAUAUUAGAUGAAUUUAAAUUGGUAAUUACAUACCAUCCAUAUAAAAAAAUACAACCAGGCUAUCAAAUUUUGUCAUUUAUAUGUUUCAGAAAGAUAGCAUAGCAUAGUGAAAAGAAAGGCCUGACCUCAGUGUCAGUGGGCUCUAGUCUGUCCUCUGAUAUAUAUUGGCUGUAUGGCUCCAGGCAAAUCAUGGAGUUAAAUUAAUUAAGGCUAAAGACUAGAACAGUUGCUGAUGUGCUUUGGUAAAGAGAAUUUAAUUGCUGGGAAACUUCUUUACUGAUGAAAUCACAGCUAUGGAUAAAACUCAUUUUGUAUUAUGUAGAAUAUUUCACCUGUUAAAAAAUUAAAAUUAUCUUUGAAUGUGUUGAACAUGGCACUUUCUUUGAAAUGAGAACAAUCAAUAGCUUUUCAAUUGUAUAACACUAUUAUAUGAUAUGCUUUUGGUUUCUGCAAAUUAGAAACUAAAAUAGGGAGAGAAAUAGUUUAUUAAUUUAAAAAACAUACAAUUAAAAAUAUAUGACUAGAAUUCUCAAACUAUUCAUACUCAGGUGGGUUUUUUUUAGUCAGUUUCUGAAGGUUUGGUAUUGUUGCCGACGGUGGGGGAUAUCCAUCCAUGUCCUUAAAACAUUUGCUUCAAAUUAGAUAUUUCAUUAUUUGUCCUUUCUUUAAAACUCUGAAUCAAUCACUGCUGCUUUCUAUUUUGAGCCAUAUUUGAAUUUAGAUAACUUUUGGUUUGGGGGGGAGGGGGACUUUAUUGCUGUAGAACUACAGCAUUGAGCAUCAGUCUAGGAGAGAAGAGCCAGGCUAAUGAUGCUUGUUCCUCCAGCUACAGAAAUGCUGGGCACAUAGAUGCCUAAUAAAUAUAGAUAAUUGAACCUUGAUCUAGAGCAAGUUUUUCCAGUUGGGGUAACCAUUAAAAUUAGAGUACAUUAAGAUCUAGAGUAACCUAGUGUUCCUUUGUCACACAUCAAUUAAAGAAAUGACCCUGUAUAACUAAUCUGACCCCAUACUCCAGAGAUCUUCCAGACUAUGAAUGAGUGGUUGUGUGCUAAAUCUAGAUUACCCAGAAACUAUUCUCAACUAAUGUGGAUCCCUAAUUACCUGUCCCUGUCCCCAAAAAAGGGAAGCCUCUGAGGGGUAAUUCUAAAUCUCCUGGAAGGAGGAGGGGAAGGUCUUCAUCUUUGGCCCUUUUAUUUCUCUGACUUUGAAGCACUAAAAGCAAAGAAACAAACAAAACUUUAUAUUGUUGCUUUUUGUUCUGAGCCUAAUUUGUUUUAUAUAAAAAGACUGUAUCAUCAUUUUGAGAUAUGAUCAAGCAUAAAUGCCACUAGAAUUGUUGUGUCUAUAUCUGUACCCUGUGUAUAUUUUGAAUGUUUCUUUUUGCCACAGUGUGUGCACACAACUUAACCACAUAUACUUACUGUAACCAGAAAACAGUUUGGGAAAGUAUUAACCAGUGCAUAUUAACAUGGGCUGUGAUUUCUUAAUAUAGAAACCUAUUCAAUUGUGUAAGAUAUUUCCUCAAAUAUAUAUAACUCAAACAGGUGUUUUCUGUCACAUUAGUGAGCCAAUAUUAAAUUGCCAUCAAAAUUUAUUUUAUAUUUUAACAUCCAGUUUCAUACAUUCUGACAAUCUUAGAAUAUUUUCUGAAAUUAUUUUUAAAGUUGGCUUAUUCAUAUCUCUAGCUCUAUGGCUGUACCAUAUUUAAAUAGUAAUCAUGAACAUUUUAUUUGGUUACCCUGUUUUUAUUUAUAGUCAUAGUUGCCAAAAAUAAUUAAUAAUUAAUUAAUAGAGCAAAACUUAAAAAAUGCUAUUACUGAGGAAAUUCAAAUCAACAUUCACUUUACAGCAUUAUGACAUUGGGCUUCUUUACAUGUAACUGUGUUUCAGGAUACUCGAUUUAACCAAGAUUAUAUGUGAACCCAUGUGAUAACAUUGAGUUGUGUUAUAACAGAAUCUACUGUGUUUAGAGCAGAGUUUGAUCAUAAGACCAAUAGUGGUAAUUUUUCUCUAUGCUUUGUCAUUAAUUGGUGUGAAUUAAUACUGAUUAUGGUAGUUCCUUAUGUGCUUUUCCUGUGUGUCCCAUUUUUGUUGCUGUUUUCCCAUUAAUCCUUCAUAUCGUAUCUGUCCAAUAUGCCAAAGACUUUUGUGUUGUUCUCUCAGUGUCUCUUGCAUACCAGGGCAUCAUUUGGGCUAUGGAUUUGUCUCCUUUUUGAUAUAUGAUUUGCCCCUGUUGUUCUGGUCAUUUCUCUCCAUGAUAAUGUCUCAUGCUGCUUUUUAUGGGCAUGCUGUCAUUGAUAACAUACAGUAAUCUGUUUAUUAUGCUCACCAUGUAUGUUUCCAUUGCAUCCUUUGGAUCACUUGAAUAAUUUCUUUCCUACAUUUGAAAUCAUAAAAUUUGUAAUUUAGAUGUUCAAAACUUAAAAUUUAUCUAUGCAGGUCAAAUUCUGACUAUCUAACAUUUUGGUGAGUUCAUAGUUGUGGUCUUACAAGAACCCUCUGAAAUAGUUUUGUUUUAUUUUUAACUGUGAAAGUGCCUAGGUGAAACACAUUGCACCGUUCUUAGAAAAAUAAAUCACAAUUGAAUAAAUAUCAACCAAAUAUGGAGUGAUAAUUUUCAUCCUUUUCAUUACUGAAAAGACUAUCUUUUCAACAAAUUGAUGUUAAAGAGACAAAGUUAAUUGAGUUAAUCACAUUGAUUUCUAUUUUAAAAAAUCAGAACCCAAAUAAUUUAAACUUAAUAUAGUACACAUCAAUGAAAAGGAUGUUGAUAAAGUGGUUAGUUUCAUUCUCACCAAAUCUUCUUUGAAUUUCAUUACAUAUUGCACAAAUGCCAUAUGCACUUCUUCAAAAAAUGCAUACCAUUUUAAAAAUGGGUAACCCCUAAUUUUUAGAUCACUGUUCUAUUUGCUGAGCAUUCCAGGUGGUUUAAAAGGUUAAGCUAUUCCAGUGUAGUAAAACACAUUGCCACUGGCUUGUUGGAGAAGUGAAACAGUAUGUUUAUUGUGUGGAAUCAUUGCUGAUCUGGUUUUUUUUUUAAGUGACUAUGUUCAUGAUUUUGCCGUCAACAUUGAAAAAGAACACUGAGUACUAGUUUUUAUAGAGUUUAUUUUUUUAUAUUUUCAUAGAUGCUUCCUUCCCUACCAGUAGUUUCCCCCAAUUUGAUGAUAGAUAUCCUGUACUUUACUCGUGUUCUUAAAAUAGCACAAACCAUUAGUUCUUUUUUAACUUUAUUCCCACAAAUAUAAAUGCCAGAAAUGUGAAUAGCACUAAGAAUAAUGCAGUUGAAGGAAAACAUAAAAAGUCUAUUCAAUGUACUUUUUUGAAAAGAGAGACUACUUUCCAUCUCUAAUAUCUUGUAGCCUAUGAUUUAUUUUAAAAGAAAAAUAGUGUGAAUUUUAAAAAAUUAAUCAUAUAUUUGAUUCAAAGUAAAAUAUGUCUAAUUUGCUUCCUUAAAAUUUUUAAAGGAAUAUAUUUAAUAAUGCAACCCCAAGCUGGAGUGGAUAUUUCAAAAUAUUCAACUGCUGUAUUUUAGUAUGCUUAUCUAUCUUAUGGCAUCCUUCCCAUUCCUGGAAAAGGAACAUCAAAAAAUACUUGCCUUAAUUUAUUUUCUCUCUCUUUAAACAAUCACAAGUCAUGUGUCCUCAUAAAUCUAGGAAAUUGACCCCCUUUCUCACUUACAAAAUUGCAUUAUACUGAAUUGCUGUUUACUAAAUACGUACAUACUGUGAACAGGUUUGUUUUUGUGUCUUUUAUAAGGUUGUAUGUAGAAUAUGUGUUUUCUUUUUUAAAGGGAAUGUUAAGUAUGUUAAGCAUUUUCAGUUUGCUAUAUAUAUUAAUAAAUCAUGUUUACUAAUUUGUUCUGUAAAGAUGUUCUGAGUACAAGUUGAGAGAAGGUUGGGAGAAAAACAUAAGCUUCAAAACUAUACCGUUUAUAUUUCAUGUAAUAACUAACCCCUAAAGAUUUACCUUUAAAUCUGCUCACAUGUGGAAUAUAUGCAAUACCUAAAAGUAUGUAUAAUAAUAAAAGAAACCUCUUUAAGAAAUCAGAAUUAUUAAAAAAAUAAUGAUGCAAACAAUAUGGAUCAAAGUGAAUCACAAUCUGAAAGCCGUGAAAUAAACCCAUGGAAAACCCAUUACGUGGAAAUUUGAAAUUGUAUCUAUUGUUUUCUAUCAGUAACAAAUGUAGGGAUAUUUCCCCUAGUACUGUAUUGUUAUACCAUACCAAAUUAAGGUAGGAGAAUCAGACUGAUUAGGAGGCAAGCAUUUGGAAAUAAUGUGUACUUUAAAAGUGACAUUUAGUAUCAUGUUGGAAAAAAUGAUUACAGCAAAGGCAUAGACUAUUAACUAAUGUAUUACUAAGACAUCAUAAAUGUAAAAAUUAGUUGCUUGGCUGUAAACUCUUGAAGUGUUGCUUAUGUCUGUUUUUAAAAUAUGCAUGUAUUUAACAGUUUUGCCAUAGUAUUGCCAUGAAAAUAAAUAAAUAUAUUUUCUUACACUCUAA